AGUGAUGAUGUGUUUACAUUUCUCGUCGCAAACCAAUUUGUCCGAUCCAGAUUGAAUUCGAUUGUUAAAACAGUGAAAUUCCGUAAAAAAAAACCAGGCAACUGUAGAAAACAAGCCCCAAAAUGACCGUGGAGGAUCGCUUGAUUGCCCGCUUCAAUCGGGAGCUGGGCACGGAUUUCGGGGCACUGGAGAAAAGUGCCUCACUACUACAAAGCUACCGGAGUGAUCUGGAGCGGUUGGCGAGCCGGAUGGAUUUGUCCGAUGGGGACAAUUGUGCCCCGGAGCUCAAGACUGCCGUUCAGGCCUGUUCCUGGAAGCACACGGAACUCGAGGAGGCUGCGGAAAAUUUGGAAGCUUUCGAGGAGAAGCUGAUGGAGCGAAUCGAAAAGCACCAGGAGGUCAUGGCACGGAUCGAUGGCCAUCUGAAAAAACUGCACAAGUUGCACAACAUGAAAGAGUACUUUUUGAUCCUGCAGGAUAUACAGAACAUCGGGCAGGAGCUGACGGGGUCCAUAAAUGGGAAAGAUGACAAUAAAACGAUUAGUCUAUACGUGGCACUGAGCGGAAAUUUAUCCAACAGUAUUCUGGACCGGUUGACCGGUGUCGAGGCACCCCACCUGAUAAUGUUCGCCCGGAAUACAGCUUUCUAUUGGCACGAUAUAUUGAAGGAGAAAUUCUCCAAGGAAUUUGAAGCAAUACUCAAAACCAUCAAAUGGCCCAAUCUUAAUCAAUCGUUGGAAGUUUUCAACCCUUCCAAAGAAAAUUUGAGUAAAUUAGCAACUUUAGCCGAGUAUCUGUUCGUUGUGAAAGUUCCAGGGGAUCAGAACCUGUUGAGUGUUAAGAUUACUCCAUCGAUUAUCUGUCCCCGCCUUACUUCGCCGAUUGAGCUGCUGCUGAAGCCCUUCCGAUUAAGAUUUCAGUUCCACUUUGCCGGUGGCAAACAAACCAAUCGGUUGGAUAAACCCGAAUGGUACUUUACACAGAUUUUGUCCUGGGCUAGAGAGAAUCACAUUUUCGUAGGUCAAAACUUCCAAUCCGCAGCACUUAAGGCAGGAGUCCAAAAUCACAACGUUAGGCUGGAAUUCAUCCGGGGUCUCGUGCAGCUGGUGAUCGAGAAGCUGGUGGACGACAUCGACGGCAUCUGCCAGGAGGAGGCACUGUUUGCGCACCUCAUCGACGAGGUGCUAGCCUUCGAGCAGGAGCUCAAAACGAACCUCGGCUAUCCGGGUAGUUUUCCUAGUGCGGUGACGGUGCUGAUUCAACCCAAGUAUCUAGUCAAGUGGAUGGCCAUCGAGGAACGGUUCACCACCGAUAAGAUGGAUGCGAUGCUCAAAAGUGAAGAUCCGUGGCGCUUCCUGGAUCCAGCUAAUCUGGACGACAUGAAGAUACCGAAGUGUGCGGAUCAGUUCAUACGGCUCUUGGACGCCAUCAAAGAACGAUACUGCGCCCUCCCACAACCCGGCCAGCAGCUGCAGUUUCUGGACCUGCAACUGGAACUGAUCGACAACUUCCGACGGCGACUGGUCCAACUGCACAGCAGCCCUGGUUCCGACAACGUGAGCUCCACGAAAAUCCUGAACGCUAUCAACUACAUCAAUUCGGUGCUCCGCGAGUGGGGUGAGAACGUUCACUAUCUGCACCUGCAUGCGGCCCUCUACGGCCCCAAUGCCGACGAGAUUAGUUCCGUGUUUGAUAAGACCGUCGAUGAACUGGACCAUUGGCAACGGGCGCUGGUCAAGGAUCUGUCGCAGCGGUCGGUCGAGGACAUCAAAAGCAAAUCGCGGCCUUACCGGCACGACAUCUGGCCCUCGAUGAACCAGCUGGAUACCAAGGAAACCCUGAUGCUGUCGGCCACCGCUUCGGAGAUGUUCCAAACGCUGGUCAACCAUUUGCACAGCCUAGAGGCGGAACUUUCGUCGAAUGUAUUUUCGAUCGUAAUCCGACUGAUGGCGGUCCAGCUAGACGAAUGGUUAAUCGAUGGUAUGAUUAUGAACACAAAGUUUUCGACCGGUGGAGCGGCACAAUUUCACUUCGACAUGACCCGUAAUUUGUUCGCUCUGUUCGGGCAGUAUGCCCGGAAACCUAACCUUUUGUUUAAGAGGGUUAAUGAUGCCUGUAUUUUGUUGACGCUGCCUUUGGGUUCCGCUAUGCUUUUACACGAGACGUUAAAAAGGGAAUCGGAAGAAGCCGUUGUCGGUAUACUGAAGGAACAGAAUCUGACAAUUUUGAACCAAGCUGCCACUCUUGAAGUGCUAGAGAGGCGAAACGAUAUCGUAAAGUCAUAGUUUUUAUUGUUCUAAAGCCCUUUGACCGCGCUUAGAUGAUUCGGGGUUUCAAUUUUAUGUUAUUUCUAAUUGUUAGUUAUUUAUGAAAUAUUGUGAUGCCUCUGGUAUAGGUAGAAUAAAUCCGAAGAAUUAAAUUGCGCUUC